AGUACAGACGCACACAAAUAUCUGGAACCAUGUUACGAGUGUUGUUACUGGUGGCACUAGCACGGCUCUCAGUGAGCACUUUUGACCCAGAGCUGCAUGAGAAGUAUCUACAACUGCCGCGGCAUCAAUUCAUUGAACACUUCAACAAGCAAAACUUCUCCUGGAAGAUUACGAAUUACCCGCAUCUAGAGAACAUAGAUCUCAACUGCGACACAACAGAUGAAUCAAUUAAAGAUUUGGAAAUCAAAAGUCACGAUCCUAAAAUGUACUCUCAACUUCCAGAUAAUUUCGAUCCAAGAGAACAUUGGGACGAUUGUCCAACUAUAAAAGAAAUUUAUGAUCAAGGAUUUUGUGGCUCUUGUUGGGCCUUCGCGUCAGUCACUUUGGCAUCAGACAGAACGUGCAUAAGAAAAGGAUUGGUCGUGCGCCUAUCAGAACAAGACUUGACCUGUGUAAAACCAAUUUGUUUUGGAGGCUCUUCGACGGAUGCCUUAGGUUUUUGGAAAGACAAAGGUUUGGUUACUCUGGAAUGCAGACCAUACGAUAUAUCUAAACAACAUGUUUGUGAAGAAAAAUGUAUAGAUUCUAAUAUUGACUACGCAAAAGAUAAACAUUUUGCUGAAGAAAUAUAUGCUGUAUCAUCUAAUGAUAAUGAUAUCAGAGCUGAAUUAUUCACCAAUGGACCAGUGUAUGCUGGUUUUGACGUAUAUGGUGACUUCCAGCAUUACACUUCAGGUGUUUAUGAACAUCAAUUUGGUACAUAUUUAGGAAGACAUGGUGUUAGAGUACUCGGAUAUGGUAUUGAAAAUGGUAUAGAUUUCUGGAUGGUGGCUAACAGCUGGGGCUCGAGUUGGGGAGAGAAUGGAUUCUUUAAAAUAAAACGACAUCAACAGUUACUUGGAUUUGAGGAAAAAAUGUAUACUGGACUGGCAAAAAGUUGAUUUUGUAUUCUGCGAACGCAUACGGGAGCCAUUUUUGUUAGAAACUUCUUCUUAUUGUUUGAAUAAAGUAUUUUAAUGCAUCGAU